GCCGCUGACCUUUGAUUUUCCUCCCUGUCACCUGGCCCCUAGGGUGGUAAGCUGAGCACGAGGACCAUGCUGGGCCGGACUCUCCGAGAAGUUUCUGCGGCACUGAAAAAAGGCCAGGUUACACCCACAGAGCUCUGUCAGAAAUGCCUCUCCCUUAUCAAGAAGACCAAGUUUCUAAAUGCUUACAUUACUGUAUCGGAGGAGCUGGCCUUAAAGCAAGCAGAGGCAUCGGAGAGAAGAUAUAAGAAAGGCCAGUCACUGGGAGACUUAGAUGGAAUUCCUGUUGCAGUGAAAGACAACUUUAGUACGACUGGCAUUGAGACAACGUGUGCAUCAAACAUGCUGAAAGGUUAUGUACCGCCUUAUAAUGCCACAGUGGUCCAGAAGUUGUUGGAUCAGGGAGCUCUACUGAUGGGAAAAACGAAUUUAGAUGAGUUUGCUAUGGGAUCUGGAAGCACAGAUGGAGUGUUUGGGCCGGUUAAAAACCCCUGGAGUUAUUCAAAACAAUAUAGAGAAAAGAGGAAGGAGAAGCCCCGCGAUGAGAAUGAUUCUGAUUGGCUCAUAACUGGAGGAAGCUCUGGGGGCAGCGCGGCUGCCGUAUCAGCAUUCACGUGCUUUGCAGCUUUAGGAUCAGAUACAGGAGGAUCCACCAGAAAUCCAGCUGCCCACUGUGGGCUCGUUGGUUUCAAACCAAGCUACGGCUUAGUUUCUCGUCAUGGUCUCAUUCCCCUGGUGAAUUCAAUGGACGUGCCAGGAAUCUUAACCAGAUGUGUGGAUGAUACAGCAAUUGUGUUGGGUGUACUGGCUGGACAUGACCCCAAAGAUUCUACCACGGUACAAGAUCCUGUAAAGUCAUUCGUGCUUCCCAGUUUGACAGAUGUGAGCAAACUAUGUAUAGGAAUUCCAAAGGAAUAUCUUGUACCAGAAUUGUCACCUGAAGUACGCUCUCUUUGGUCCAAAGCUGCUGAUCUCUUUGAUUCUGAGGGAGCCAAAGUCAAAGAAGUGUCCCUGCCCCACACCUGUUACUCAAUUGUCUGCUACCAUGUAUUGUGCACAUCAGAAGUGGCAUCAAAUAUGGCAAGAUUUGAUGGGCUGGAAUAUGGUCACAGAUGUGACAUUGAUGUGUCUACUGAAGCCAUGUAUGCCACAACCAGACGAGAAGGGUUCAAUGAUGUGGUGAGAGGACGAAUUCUCUCGGGAAACUUUUUCUUAUUAAAAGAAAACUAUGAGGAUUAUUUCAUCAAAGCACAGAAAGUGAGACGCCUCAUUGCUAAUGACUUUGUGAAUGUUUUCAACUCUGGAGUGGAUAUCUUGUUAACUCCCACCACCUUAAGAGAGGCAGUGCCGUAUUUGGAGUUCAUCCAAGAAGACAACAGAACGCGAAGUGCUCAGGACGAUAUUUUUACACAGGCUGUAAAUAUGGCAGGACUGCCAGCAGUGAAUAUCCCAGUGGCCCUCUCACGCCAAGGGCUGCCUGUAGGAUUACAAUUUAUUGGACCUGCAUUCUGUGAUCAGCAGCUUCUUACAGUUGCCAAAUGGUUUGAACAACAAGUACAGUUUCCUGUUAUUCAACUUGAAGAACUCAUGGAUGACUGUACUUCAGUCCUUGCCAAUGAAAAGUUAGCUUCUGUGUCUCUAAAACAGCAGUGAUGAAUACGUAAUGAAAUUAAAAUGACUUUUAGAGAUUCUCUACCCUGGAGAGUCAAAUGAUCUUGGCUGGCUUCUUGUAAUUAGGUUCAUUAUCAACACAGUCAUUCCCUAGAAUCACUUUUUAGAAUUCCUGUGAUGUAGUUAAUUAAUUAUAAAUAAUCUGUCAGUACUUAUUAAACAUCCACUAAGCGUAAAAUGCAGGAUUUCUAUUAUAACACAAGAUAACAUGUUCAUAACAAACAGUGCGUUCUGCAAAAUGUUGAUUGUAACGAAUGCUUACAGCAAAGUAACGUUAGGGAUAAACUUCUCAAAAGUUGUACAUCCUUGUAACUCAAGCACUAAUAGAAACAGUAAUUGUAUCUCCAGAGACAACUGGAGAGCCCAGGCAGCAGCUCAUUGUGUGGUGAAGGCUGCCCCAGGGGAUGUUAAAAAGCACAAAAAACAAGCAGGAGGGAGUAGUCCUGAGCACAACCCUGAGGGGUUGUGUGUACUGGUGGCAACGCCACCUGCCGGCACCUGAGUCCUGCAGGUCGGGGCGUCCUCUGGCGAGGAGCCCCAGCUGCAGGCCCUGCUGUUAUUUAUCUAAAAAUAGAGCUGAAGUGACUGAACACUUGUUUCCUUUCCUCCUCAGGGUUAAAGUUUUUACUUCUGCUGUUGCUGCCCAGAAGCCAGAACAGUUCUCCCACUCCAUUCAUUCUCCCGUUUACCAAUCACGAAUGAGCUCACUGAGAUCUCACAAACAUUUGUUGUAACCUAGCAGACCAUACUAGACUGAAACUUGGGAGACAGUGGAGGGUGAUUUUGGUGAGAAAGGUUAAAAAUAUACAAGUAGUAUACAGUAUGAAAAACUUGCAGAUAAUUUGGUGAAACUGCCAAAGAGAGGUAGCCCAUGUAGGAUCCUCUGACCCCAGAUUCUCUGUUCCUUAAGCUUUCCUUACCCUCUUGAUUCUUAUAAGUGUCCUCUAUUCACGCCCCCACCCCCCUUUUUUUAUUUGAAAGCCAGAGUUACAGAGAGGAGGAGAGAGAGAGAUCUUCCAUCUGCUAGUUCACUCCCCAAAUGACCGCAACAGCUAGGGCUGGGCCAGGCCUAGGCCAGGAUCCUGGAUCUUUUGGGUCUCCCACCACAUGGGUGCCAGGGACCUAAGCACUUGGCCCAUCCUCUGUGCCUUCCCAGACGCAUUAGCAGGGAGCUGGAUCAGAAGUGGAGUGGGGGCUGGCGCUGUGGCAUAGCAGGUGAAGCCGCUGCCGGCAUCCCAUGUGGGCACCAGUUCAUGUCCCGGCUGCUCCACUUCCAAUCCAGCUCUCUGCUAUGGCCUGGGAAAGCAGUAGAAGAUGGCCAGGUCCUUGGGCCCCUGCACCUGCAUAGGAAGACCCGGAGGAAGCUGCUGGCUCCUGGUUUGGGAUUGGCGCAGCUCUGGCUAUUGCGGCCAUUGGAGAAUGAACCAGCAGGUGAAAG